AUGGAUGUAGCAGCAGAAUAUAUGGUUGUGCUGUUUUCAUCCGUUGCUCUCAAUGGGAAGCAGAAUUCUUCCGAGAGCCACAAUUGUGCCAAAAGCAUCUUGACCUCAGACAGGCUGCAGAUAGUUGUGACCCUUUCGGUGUUCUUUAAUGAAACCUGGGAAGCAGCCAACUGUGCAAAUUGUUUAAAGAACAACAGUGAGGGAUUAUCAAAUUCUACCGUAGAAUUCCUGGAUUUAUUCAAUAAAUCUCUGACAUGUUUUGAACAUAACUUCCAGGGACAAACAGUCUAUCUGUCACCAAAUAACUACACAGAGGUAUGUAAAAACUGCAACGAAACCUACAAAAUGUUGAAUGACCUGUAUAACAACUUGCAAAGGAUGAACAGGCAAGGUGGUGAGUCCGGGCAUUCCACACACUUGUGUAUCGACGUGGAAGAUGCAAUGAACAUCACUCGGAAGCUUUGGAGCAGGACUUUCAACUGUUCUGUUCCCUGCAGUGAUACAGUCCCAGUGAUUGCGGUUUCAUCCUUUAUUCUCUUCCUACCGAUCGUUUUUUAUCUUAGUAGCUUCCUUCACUCGAAGCAGAAGAAACGGAUACUCAUUUUGCCCAAGCGCAUCCAGUCAAAUGCCAGUCUUGUGAACAUCCAAGAAAAAUACAGCUGAGCUGCAAAACAAAACCUGAGAACUGCUGCUGGUAUACAGUGGGUACAAUUGUGUUGGAAUGAGGCCGGCACAAAGGGGGAGUUAAUUAUGGUUUAGUGUAAUGAUACAGAGCAACACAAGUUAAACAAAAUGCUGUCUGACUUCUAAGCAAGGAUAUUAACAAACAUGACAAGGCAGGGCUGUGUGAUGCUGUAUGGACUCUGGUUUUGAAAAAUCUGGUUUGGUUUUUUUUUUCCCUUCAGUCUUGGGCUGAAGCUGGUAUUUUUCUGUUUCUAAGCUUUUGUACUUCUCAUCAAUAGAAUAGUUACACUUUUCUUGCAUGUUUUUUUUUUUCCUCUAAUUUAUCGUAUUUGUUUCACGGAAACCUGAGAUUCUGAAUCUUUUUGAGGUUAUUUUCAUAGACAGACAAAACUUGAAAUAACAUUUUAUGUUCCUGCUAGAAAUAUUAUGUUUAAUUCCACAUAACAUACAGUUUUGCCAGACUUGGGAUGGACAGGAAACCUUUGAAAAGAAAAGUUCCCAUCUUUCUGAUACGUCUCUCUAAAGUCAUGCUGAUGGUCUCUGUUGGGGGGGGGGGGGAAAAGUCACGAAAUGUGUGGAGGAAGUGGUAAUAUAUAAUGUCCAAAGCCAGCAACAAAAGCAACAGAACUGCCAGUCUUAGGCAUGGAUAAUAAUCAUUGAUGACUACAGUAUUCAGCUAUCUCUGAAGCAGGCGGCAUAUUUAGUCAUUUGCACACUUUAACCACUAAAAUCGUUGCUUUUCAAAUGUUAAAUUUUCAGAGGCUUAUUUUAGAUGUCUGCUUGGGUAACUGAUUGCUUCACUGUUUGUCUGUUUAUUGUGUUAUUUCCUUUCCUUUUUAAUUAUCAAGGUUUUUUUGGGGUUUUUUUUUGCUUUUGUAAAGGAGAAGCGAGGUAAAGUCAAGUCACUGGAGAUGCUGAAUUUCCUGGUCUAGAGCUUGCUAUGGCUUAAUACAGAGGUGUUUACAGGAACUUUGUAGGGAAAAAGUUACCUUUUCUAGAUAAUGUGUAUUUUAGUGGUAAAUGAACCAGGAGGUUCUCUAACUUAAAAACUGUCCUGAAGGGCAAUGAAGAUACUGUGUUGGGAAUUGAUGACUUUCAAGACAUAGUUUCAAACAUUAGACCUGUGAAAUAGAUGAAUGUAAACAAAUCCGAGCUUGCAGGAUUCCGAAGCUGAUGGAGAAAUUCGUACAAUAACUGUGGGGGAUGGAUAGUGCUACUGACCGGUUGUGGGCACAAUUCAACAACCGCAGCAAUACUGAGGGUUCUGUUCGGUUAUGAUAGCCCUGAUUUGAGAGAGUGGUGGGGUUGAAACAAUUUAUAGCUGAACUUGAGGUUAAUGAAUGCCAGAGUCUUUGCUCCCUUUUUCAAAUGUGUUUUCUAACCUUGAGAUAAAAAUGAAUGGCCAUUACAGCUAAAAAAUUAAAUUUCUCUUGGAAUCUGUGUUUCUGACGUCUGUCAAAAAACCCUGUGAAAUAUUCUUAUGUAUUUGACUUGCUUUGGAGCCUAGAAUGUUACAUUUUUCCUUGCACUAAGGCUCAAGUAAAUAUAUAACAAUGUAACAAAACAGUCCUAAAGCUGUUCAAGUCAUUGGUUUUCUUGUUUUUCUUGUUAUUUUGGGUUUUUUUUUUUGAGUUAGGACAUACCGUCAGUUUUAAUAUUAAACAUACUGUCAGUUUGACUUUAAGUAAAAUACUGUGUUAACAAUUGGUCCCGCCUGCAUGAUUGCCUUUUUGUAUUUUAUCAGUAAGAAGUAUUUACCUCCCUCUGUUAAACAUGUGAAUUACUAGGUCAACAGUCUAGGUGGUUCUAGGUGAUUUACAACAAUAAUGUAAAACUGUGUUUCUCUUGCUUAUUACAUAAAGUUACCUUCUUGCGGCUGGGAGAGGCAUGCUGCCUUUAAAAAAAAAAAAAAAAGAUUAUUUUUCAUAUCUCUUGUUCUUAAACUUCAACUUUCUGGGACUUAUUCAGCUGCCUGCUCUAAUAGCAUUACAUUGAUUUGGGACAUCAUAUGAUUGAGAGCUGUUCAAAGCAAUCUUUCAUUCGUGCAGAUAAAGCCAGUUUGUAUGUGCAGGAUUUCAGAAUUACAGCUUUUAUACUGUAAGCAGUGGCUUUUUGAGCACAUUCAUGUUAAGUAGGUCUGAAAGUCAUUACUUCUGGAUAUGAUGGUUAAGCAC